UUUCCAGCCCUGGUUAUUGCCGAAAGAAACGCACGCUAAACUAAAAAUAUUUACAAGUGCCGGAAAAGAUAAUAAUAACGCUAUUAAUUGAAUAAAAUAAAUAAUUUAAAUUAAACUCAGCAGUAUAGCUACAGUAAUUAAGUUAGUAACUGCUAGCUUUCGAUCCCUGAGAACUUAACAACUAUAAUAUAUCGACAGCGUGGAAUUGAACACAAGUUGAAAUGGCUGGCGUGCUAUUUGAGGAUAUAUUCAACGUUAAGGAUAUGGAUCCUGAGGGCAAAAAAUUCGACCGUGUCUCCCGCCUGCACUGCGAAUCUGAAUCAUUCAAAAUGGACCUUAUACUGGACAUAAACUCGUGGCUUUAUCCAAUGGAGUUGGGCGACAAAUUCCGUUUGGUGCUGGCCACAACGCUGCGCGAAGACGGCUGCCCGGACAGUGGCGAAUACAAUCCCAUGGAGCACGAAGGCACACGUGCCGACAGCUUCGAGUAUGUGAUGUUCGGCAAAAUCUACCGUAUCGAGGGUGAUGAAGCGCACAACGAAUCUUCCCGUCUGUCAGCGUAUGUUUCAUUUGGUGGCCUGCUGAUGCGUCUGCAGGGUGAUGCUAACAAUCUGCAUGGUUUUGAAGUGGACCAACACAUGUACUUGCUAAUGAAGCGACUAGCGUUUUAAAUUUGUUUAUAAUAAAUCCAUUAUAUUUGUAAA